AUGGGGAAUCAGGAGGCACAGAAGAAGGACGAGAAGCUGCUGAAGUUCCCUGAGAAACUUCAGGGCAUUCAGGAGCGCUUCCAGAUAACGCUCCGCUGUGGAUAUGCUAACACAUCAUCCUUACUUCCAGCCUUCUCUGACUGUCGUGCCUUCACCUUUAUCGAAUGCACUGUAGAUAGAAUAUCAGUGGAAAACAUUGAGUUGGAGUUCUCGUCUCUCUACGUCAGGACCAGAUCCCUGGAGGAGAAGGUCCAGAGUGACCCGGAGCUCCUGGAGCAGCUGGACCCCUUCCUGCAGUGCUCCACAAGGACACUCCAGGACCUGAAGAGGUGUAGGCUGGACCUGCGGAAGGAGGGUAAUGCGCUUAUUGACUUCUUCUGUGAAGACAAGGACACCUUCAUGCUGGAYGAGUGCUUCCGCAUCUUCCAGGACUUCUGUCUCAAGUUCAAAAAGGCUGUCAAGGAUAACCUGGAGCGRGAGCAUAAGGAGGCGGCCAGGCAGCGGCGUCUCAGAGAGCUGGAGGARAAGCGCUYUGCCUGGAAYGCCGACCAGCAGCAGGCGGCUGGCGCCGGUAAUGGCGGCUUCGGCCGCAGCAGCAGCGAGAACGACGUGGAUAUGCUCACCAAGGAGGGCCUCCUGGACUUCCUCCAGCAGCGUCCCCACAGCCCCCUGGGUCGUUCAGCCAGCGCCCGUCGCCACCGCCACACCGUGGCCGCCAUGGCCGACCGCGAGCUUCACGACUACCUGGAGCUGUUCGGCAGUGGCACGRCACUGCCAGCGGACUAUGCCAACAAGUUCAACAGCCUGCCGCGCUCCGGCCGCACCCUCCAUCGGAGAACCGCCCCCUGGCUUGUGUCCCAGGAUGACAACCACAAGCUGGAGAAUGGGCAGCAGGUGCUGGCCAMGUCACACCGGGCYGAGACRGAGCCCAYCAGCCCCUUGGCCAUGUACUCUUCCAYGGGCUUUAAUGYCAACGAGGAACUGUAUAACAAUAAUAACAACUACACGACCGUGUCCGAGGGGAGCUAUCUGCCUCGCUCAUGUCAGAACCGUAACGUCUUUCAGAAGACGCCCAACCCCGGAGCGAGCGUCACGGCACACAUGAACGUCAGCGUGGAGAGACACRCGCUAGUCCCGGGAAUUCAACAGUUUGACCUCCCCAGUCCGAACAAUAACACAAAUCACAUGCACUUUGUUGACCACAAAGACGUGGUGGUGACKGACUUGGAAAUGGAGAAGGAAUCUCCAAAGGCACUCGUUUUGGAUACCCCUCCUCCUUGUCCAAAGAGUUUGGAAGUUGCGUGGGAAGGUAAAAUUCCGUCCUCUCAGUUUGUGGUGGGCUCGCUUCAGAAGGAGGAAGAGGAGGACARCAGCACCGUCUCCUCAACCACCUGCGAUAUGCCCCUCCCUCUUGACCCCUCCGUAUCCAAUARGAAACMGGUGUUCUACAUCUUAGACUGCACAGAAACGGACUGCUCCGUAGCGCUUGACUACUCYGAGAUCGAAAGCUCGCCUCUAAUGAGGGAAGGAUUGGUCCCCGAUGUAAAAAACACUGACUGCAACAACAUCCAGGGGAACCUUCGAGACCCCAGCUCACUAUCCUCCAACUCCAACGUUGAUUCCACAUCCAAAAACGAUCAGUCCGUCUCUGCCCCCACAAAUGAGCUGUCGGCGUCCACAGACGAACGUGCCCCAUCCGUUGGCUCCCUCGUCACCACGGAAGAGGGAGACACAGAUAGCUGGGACACGGCGGAGGGUAGGCAGGUGGGCGAGAAAGCUGUAGAGACGUAUAGCCCUAAACCAACACACGCCAAGACCAAGAAUGUGUCAAAAGUUUCCAAAAACAGCAAAGUGGGUCGCGGCGUCAGGAUGUUGACCACCACUGAGAACCAGGGCAUGCGGAAGGUGGUGCCCAUCACCAAACUCAGCCGGACUGGCAGCAACGUCAGGCGGGUGGAGAGACCCGCCGGGGGCCAUGAGGGUGCCAGGCAGCCGCUCAUCGACAAGAGCUCCCCAGCCAGGGAGCGGGGUGAGAAGACCGGUAGGCCCGCCCGCCACUCCAGCUUGCCCCCAGAGGAGACCAAAUCCCAGGGGAACGCUGGMCUCUCUGGCUGGGCACGUGACCUCAACCCACGRAAGCCCUCCUUCCGCAAGCCCAGCGCCAAGCCGCUGAGGAACCUGCCCAAGCCACCGCCGGAGGAGAAGAUGUGCCGCUCCACCAUGAGAGCCCUGGCUGCUCAGGCCCAAGGUCAGGUUAGGACACCCUCUGAGGCUAGCGCUACCCACAGCUCCAAAACCCCAUCUGCCACCCUGCCUGGMUGGGCACGCAACACUGUGRCCUCCUCCUCUCGGACCACCAAGAAGGAACUCGCUCCAACCYUCUCCAACCCCCCGACCCCCUCCAGGAGCCCCUCUCUCCUAUCCCGGAGCAGCUCCCAGAGUCAAGCACCCGCUCGGCCUCCAGCCGCUGCCACAACCACAUCUCCUGCCAAAGGGGGGCAGCAUUCACCCCAGAGGGAGGAGAAGGAGAAGGCCCAAGGGGGUGGUCUGCAGAGGGUGCAGAGCGUCAGGGCAUCAAGCCGAGCGAGCACCCAGCGUAGCGACACCCCCCCAUCGCCACCCACCCGCGAGCGCUCACGCAAGAGCAGCAGCUUCUCUGAAAAAUCUGUCCAAUCCACUACGUCAUGUAGGACGAUCAAGCCCACCUGGAAGUAG